AUGUCAGCUUUCUCUCUUCUCGUUAUUCUUCCAAUGAUCUUCGCUUCUCAGUACUGUAAGGAUUCUGAAAUGACUGAGUGUGGAUGCAUCAAGCGUCCAACUUUUGAAGCUAAUUGGCUUCAAACCCAACAUCCAGAUGUUGCUGAACUGUACAAGAAUGCUGAAUUCGCUGCUCCAACUGUCACUUAUCCAGAGUGUACUUCUAUUAACGUCGCUUGUCCAGAUGGUUUCAUAGUGUGCAGUUAUGAAAUCGCUACUAAUAAAAUCGUUAUCAACGCAAAACAAUUUCCAACUCCGAUGGAGCAGACCGACUUGAUUUGUGACGGAGGCGUGUGGACAAAUGAAGGAGCUGGAAGUCAGACUCAAGACAAUAUGGUCAAGAACUUCUUGGGAUGCAUCAGGCAAUAA